CCUAAAUGCCCUUCAGCAGAGGCUGCAGUUCCUGUUGAGAGCACACAUGGACCAGGGGAGGAGGAGGAGACUGUGCUGUAGAAAAAAAAUUAUACGUUAGGGAAAGGGGGGAGCUUUUCCUUCCAUGGUGCAGAGUUGGUAGUGAAAGAAGCAGACAAACUGCAGGAUCUCCUUUCUGCUCAAGAGAAGGAUAGAAUUCAAGAGUUCCAAGUUUAUCUUGCAUGUAAUAUACUAAAUAAACUGAGUGGAAGGAAUCACAAGCCAUCAAUAUGGAUUUUGUUAUGAAGCAAGCUUUGGGGGGGGCUACAAAAGACAUGGGGAAGAUGCUUGGUGGUGAUGAAGAAAAGGAUCCAGAUGCCGAAAAGAAAAUGGAGGAAGCACAAGAGGCUCUCCGUCAGGAGGAGGAAGAAAGGAAAGCAAAAUAUGCAAAGAUUGAGGCUGAACGAGAAUCAAUGAGACAAGGUAUUAGGGACAAGUAUGGAAUAAAGAAGAGAGAAGAAAAGGAAGCAGAGGCACAGGCAGCAAUGGAAGCAACAGCUGAAGGAAGUUUAACACGUCCAAAGAAGGCAAUACCUCCUGGCUGUGGAGAUGAAGAAGAAGAGGAGGAGAGUAUUCUAGAUACAGUUAUUAAAUAUCUACCGGGUCCACUUCAAGAUAUGUUCAAGAAAUAAGACCCAGUAGGCUGCCAGACUGUUUUAACCAUAAACAGAGAAGCAAUGGAUUUCCCACUCUCUCAUGGGAAAUUUUAGUAUUGCCACAUGCUAUCCCUCCCCUCUUCCGUCUCUUCAACUUUGCUUACUCUAGUCCCUUUUCUUUCUUUCCUCCUUUCCUUUUGUACAUAGUCACAUACAGUAGACACCUCUUAAUGGAUGUCAAAGUUAUGAACUGCAGUCUACGCAAUUUUAUUAUAAGCCAUAGUAUAAUGUAUGUUAAGAUCUGGCAGUUGUAUACAUAGAUAUAUUUAAAUAAAUCGUAAUUUUUACACUAAUAUCAGUAGUUUAGCUAUAGGCAAUGGGUAGUAUUUAUUGGUCAAUGUGGAAAUUAUUUGCAGUUUACAUUAAACCAACAUAUCACUGUAAACUGACAUAUCUGUGAUUUCAUAUCCAUAAAAAGAGAACAUUCAGAAAAUGAACCACAUGGAACACCUUUAUCCAAGACUUUAUGGUAAAAAAAUAGCCUACUCCAUUAAUGGAUUUAAAAACAAUAGCCUCCAUUGAACUAUUUUCAAAACUGAAAUAGGAAAUUAAAAAAUAAUUGUAUAAUGCCAGCUAUUUCUAGCAUGUUAGCAUAAAGUAAGCAGGCACAUAUUUCAAUUGAAAAGUUUUAAACAUAGGCUAGCAUAUUUAUUCAAAAUUGUGUUUUAUUUCAUUAUGAUUGAACUUAUUCAGUGCUAGAUAAUUGUGCCAUCAGCAACUCAUCAAAUGAAAAGCCUCUACAUUCUUAAGUGUUGAUGAACCUUUAUGAUCACUAAAAAAACCAACAAAUUUAAAUGAGUAUCUAAAUUUGAGUCAUAGAACAAGUGCUAAAUCCGGUUUCAUGAAAUAUAAUGAAAAUAUGAUAGCAAUAAUUAGAGCUCUGUCUGACAUAUAAAGAUGUUAACUCUUGAUUUUGUUUAUUUUUAUGCUGGAAUUUCUGUGUAUUUGAGAGAUAGACAAAUUAAUACAGUUUCUUUUAAAAUAUAAAUAACAGAAUAUUUGCUUUCCGAGCAAACAGUGAACCAGUUUGAACCAGUGUAAUCAAUUCCCAGUGAACCAAAACGCCUUAGAUACACAAGAAUACUGCUGACAUUUUUCAUGGGUCAUGAAACAUUUAGAUAACCAAUUUGGCAUCAAUUUAGGAGUUGAGAUGCGCUGGCAUUCUGAGCUUUUAGGCUUGAAGUUCAAGUUUUCAAGGCUAAAGUCAUUUAUACUGAUGUGAUCAUUUCAGUAAAGAAUCCACUUUUUCUGUGGGACUGUUGCAACAAUAAAAAAAAAAUUUCAGCAGCUGAAUAAUAACAGAUUUAAAUUCUAAUGAAUGUCAUAAUUUUUUUACAAUUAUUAUUCCAUAUGGAUGUACAUAUAAUUUAGCAUUUUGCAUAAAGCAGGUUAUACAGCGUGUUACCUGUUUCAGGAGUUGAUAGGAACCUGUUAUUAUAAAUCACUCUACUUAAAGCUAUAUCAGGUUAGCAACUUGAUAAUUGAAAUACACCAUUUUCUUAUUAUUUUAUUAUAUUGGGAGAGAAGAGAACACACUGAUUCACUAAUUCUCACCUCUCUGACUGUUUAUCCAGUUAUGAAGUCAUUAUUUUACAAUCUACGGAGGCGUGUUUCUUUUUCGUCAUUAGAAGGUUCUACUGGCAGACCAUCUCAAGUCUAAUUACAAUUACAAUUAUUUUAAAGAAUAAUAAUACAUAUAUACCUAAGUUAAUUAAAAUUGGUAUAAUCUUACCCUAUGGGCAGUUACUAUAAAUCCCAUUAUUUAUUCACAAAUUUCGUGUUCCAGACAUACCCAAUUUACUCUUCUAAAAUAACAAAUUUAACACAAGGCUUAUAGCAAAACCAAAGAGAAAACUGGUUCAUUUGCUUUCAUUGUAAUUCUGAAUAUCUCUGUCAUCUAUUGUGGCUUUUGUUGUUUAAUGUGUUCAAUCUCAGGUAAUUGAGGUAGUCUUUUGUAUUAUCAUUAUUUUUAACUAGGAAAGAGGUGCGUUCUAUUACACCAGACUGAAAAUCCUACCAGUGUCUGGGUGCAAACUUUCCUAGUUUCCAUAAAAACGCAAUUCCCCAUCUUCUGCUUUUUAGAAGGUAAUGAUUCAAUAAUUGUCGCAUUGAGUUUCAUCCAUGUUCAUCUACCUUUAGAGAAAGCCAUAUAAAAUCAGACUGCAAUAUUAAUUUAGGAUGAUUAAAAUGUGUCAGAGAGACUAGAUCAUGUAUUAAUUUGCACUGGAGUUACUCGGUCUACGUUUACUGUAUGUUAGUUUAGUGUUUUAUCCCUUCUGUGUCAGAGUAACACACGCCAAUGCUGCUCUAUAUGUUCCCUUCAAUCAGCUUACCGAUAUGAUGUUGUAAUGUUACAGAUAUGUUAUUGUGAGCAAAAUGUAAUGUCUUCUGUGUAUGCCAUGUUAGUAUGCGUUACCUCUCUCUUUCUCUGUUAUUUGUGCACAACGUAAAUAAAAUGUUUGGGUAUCAGUCUUUACAAAAUGUUUUCACACAAGAAAGUUAAACCCGCUCAGCCACAGUUUUGUGAUCAUAAGAAUCAUUUUGUAAAUUUAAAUGCUAAUCAACUCAUACUGAAUGCAUGCUAUGAACUUUCAACCAAGAGCAGAAAGAUAUAGAGGCUUUGUGAAUGUAGAUUUCAUUGUAAUUUCUGUGCGAUCCUCCAUUGCAUGAUAUCAAUCAAUUCAAAAUAUGUUCUUUUCAAAUGGAAUCACAGCCAAUAAAAAAUAAAGUGAUUUCAGAUUUU